AUGGGUAGAGCCAAUAUUUUGCAUUACCAAUUGGAACAUGAUCACGAGACUGACUUAUCAACCACGCCUCCUGAUUCUCUUGAGUUGAACAACAACGUGAUAAAGUCUAAAAAGCAGAGACCCAACAACUUCCCAUUCACCUUGUCAAAGGAUUCGACAAAAUCAGAAUUCUUUGAAAAUAACCAAUUUUAUGUUGACAAUUUAAAGCACAAUCACUCUACUCAAGUUUUUGACCUGAAUGCAAAGGGGCAAUCCCCACAUACAUUGUGGAUUGGAUGUUCUGAUUCUCGUGCCGGGGAACUGUGCUUGGCAACUUUACCAGGCGAAGUCUUCGUUCAUAGAAAUAUCGCCAACGUUGUAAAUGCCAGUGAUGUCAGUUCGCAAGGUGUGAUUCAGUUUGCUAUUGAUGUCUUGAAGGUUAAGAAAAUUAUUGUCUGCGGACAUACUGACUGUGGAGGUAUUUGGGCAUCCUUGUCGUCCAAAAAAAUCGGUGGUGUUUUAGACUUGUGGUUAAACCCUGUCAGACACAUCAGAGCAGCCAACUUAGCAUUGCUUAGUGAAUUCAAUAAUGACCCAAAGAAGAAGGCCAAGAAACUUGCCGAACUUAAUGUUAUCAGUUCUGUCACUGCCUUGAAAAGACAUCCAAGCGCAUCAAUGGCCCUUAAAAACGGAGAAAUAGAGGUUUGGGGUAUGAUGUAUGACGUUGCUACUGGCUACUUGUCAGAAGUGGAAAUUCCAGAUGAUGAAUUCGAAGACUUGUUCCACAUUCAUGAUGAACACUUAGACGAUGAAUUCAACCCUCAUUGA